AUGGAAUAUUUAUCAAUUGAUCGUGAUGAAAAAAUGUGUCUCGAUUCAAUGUUUAAAUUAAAAGCUUGCGUACGUGCUCGUGGUGAACAUAAGCAAAAAAUUAAAUUAAAUUUAACCAUGGGUGGCAUUAAACUGAUUGAUGAUAAUACAAAAACACACAUAGCUACGCAUGAAACUGAAAGUAUAUCAUUUGCUGUUAUCGAUCCACGUGAUACGCGUUCAUUUGGAUAUAUUUAUAAAGCAUCUGAUGAAUCUCUUCAAUUCUGGGCUAUUAAAACUGAACGAGCAGCUGCUGUAAUUGUACUUGCAAUAAAAGAAGUUUUUGAAUUGGCUUUUGAACAAUUUACAAAUGAUGAAAAAGCGAAAACACCUACUAAAUCAACAGUAGUGCCAUCUUCAUCAGUAUCCUAUCCGAAGCAGGCUCUUCAAAUGCAGGCACCACCACAAACUGCUCCUGUGACAUCAACUACAAUACAAAAUGUUCCUGUUUCUAUGACAUCACCAGCACCGUUAUCAACAAACGAUACGAAUUCUCCUAAAUUGAUAAAUGUACGUAAAUGUGAUUUAACAACGGAGCAAUCCAAUGUUAUUGUCGUAUAUUCUUCAUCACAGUAUUUGCUCGAUAAUAUUCUGAAAGUCGGUGGAGAUACCGUAAAGAUGUCGUACGAUAAUGAGUCAAAACAAAAUUCAUCAGCACUUACAGCUGUUGUAGCUGGUGGGCGACUCUGA